UUUUAUAAAUUUUUCUUGUGCUUAAAUUCACACAAAUUUUUUGUGUGGAGUACUGAAAUAUCCAGACAAAAAUAUACAUAUUUCCCUUUUUUCAUUGGCAAAUCCCGCCAUUUACUACUGCGUAACAGUGUUUUAACCAUUUAGGCAAUUGCGCUUGAAAAAGAUUUAAUAUAAUUGUUGAAUUAAAGUUAAGUUGUUGAAAGUUAAGAAGCCAUUAUGCAUAACACACAGAUAUCUGCAAGCAUAAAGAAGCGUCGCUCGUGUGUACAGGUAGCCUACGAAGAAAGUGUCAACAUACUUCGUUGGAUGGGUCAAUCGGAUGAUAUGGAUACACCAAAAGAAACGCGUUCUGGUACAAACAGAUCCUUUUCGCCAUAUAAGAAACGUAAAUACAUUAAGCGUAAUAAGAAUAAAACUGAAAUGGUGGAUUACCCUAUAUUGAAUGGAAAUAGCGAGCUUUUAGUUAUAAUUGUUCCUGAUUGUGAUGGUAUUAUCCAUGGCUUGAAGUUGUCAGAUAUGUAUGUUGAUGAUAACUUUAUUAAGCAAUUGGAUAAAAUAGAUACAGAAAACAACUCUGAAGACUUUCUCAGCUAUGUUGUUUUCGACUUUGACGCUAAAUGAUAGCCUGAGUAAAUCU